CUGAGCCCUGGGAUCCGUGGCUGUGAGAGGCCUGUAACGCCGGUGAACUGAGUUCCCUAUCCCCGAGUCAGCGCUUAGACAUGCCGGCCAGAAAUCCACGCAAAGCCGCCUGCCCGUGUCCUCCCUCCCGGGGCGAUAACAGCGGCAGCCGGGAGGAACUGGAGCCUGCAGACAGCGGCGAGGACACCGGCAUCAGCAAGUCCCCAAGUGACCCCAAGAAGUACCGGUUUAUCGAACUUGAGAAUGGUCUGCGGGCUCUCCUUAUUUCUGAUCUGGCUUCUGCGGGUCAGGGCCACCCUGAGUCCUCAGAUGAAGAGGCUGAUGAUGAUGAUGAUGAUGACGAAGAUGAUGAUGAUGAAGAAGACUGGGACUCGGAGGAUGAAAGUGAAGAAGAUGAUGACGAGGACGAUGAAGAUGACGAUGAAAAUGCAGAGGAGGAGACAGACAGUUUACACCCCAGCAACAAGAAAAGCUGCACAGAGAAGCUGUCCGCGGCUGCCCUGUGCAUCGGGAUAGGAAGUUUCAGCGAUCCUGAGGACCUCCCGGGAUUAGCGCACUUCUUGGAGCACAUGGUGUUUAUGGGGAGUGAGAAAUACCCCGACGAGAAUGGCUUUGAUGCUUUCCUCAAGAAACAUGGCGGCAGCGACAAUGCUUCCACAGACUGUGAGCGCACCAUAUUCCAGUUUGAUGUACAACGGAAGCAUUUCAAGGAGGCUUUGGACAGGUGGGCGCAGUUCUUUAUCUCGCCGCUGAUGGUCGGCGAUGCUGUUGACAGAGAGGUGGAAGCCGUGGACAGCGAGUUUCAGCUUGCCAGGCCGUCUGAUUCUAAUCGCAAAGAGAUGUUGUUUGGAAGUCUGGCUAAGCCUGGACACCCUAUGAGCAAGUUUUUUUGGGGGAAUGCCCAAACUCUGAAGCAUGAUCCCAAGGACAAGAAUAUAGACACCCAUGUCCGACUGCGAGAGUUCUACAGAAUGUACUACUCUGCCCAUUACAUGACCCUCGCGGUCCAGUCUAGAGAAACUCUGGAUACGUUGGAGGAGUGGGUGAGGGAGAUUUUCUCCAAGGUCCCAAAUAAUGAUUUGCAAAAACCUGAUUUUAGCCACCUUCGUGAACCCUUCGAUACUCCCGGAUUUAAUGCUCUGUACAGAGUGAUACCUAUUAAGAAGGUCCAUGCUUUGACUAUAACCUGGGCUCUCCCACCUCAAGAGAAGUUUUACAAGGUGAAGCCACUUCAUUACAUCUCGUGGUUAAUAGGACACGAGGGUAAAGGCAGCAUCCUCUCCCUUCUGCGUAAGAAGUGUUGGGCUCUGGCACUGUUUGGGGGUAACAGCGAGACCGGUUUUGAACAGAACACAACAUACUCAGUUUUCAGCAUUUCCAUCACUUUAACCGAUGCGGGAUAUGAGCAUUUCUAUGAGGUCACGCACAUUGUCUUCCAGUAUUUAAAAAUGUUACAGCAGCAGGGACCGCAAGAAAGGAUCUUCCGUGAAAUUCAGAAAAUUGAAGCUAAUGAGUUUCAAUAUCAGGAGCAGACGGACCCUAUUGAGAACGUGGAGAAUAUCUGUGAAAAUAUGCAACUGUUUCCAAAGGAAGACUUUCUGACUGGAGAUCAGCUGCUCUUCGAAUACGUCCCUGACGUCAUCUCGGAGGCCUUGAAUGAUCUUACUCCUCAGAAGGCAAAUCUUCUUUUGCUCUCUCCUGCCAAUGAAGGAAAGUGUGACCAGAAGGAGAAAUGGUUCGGUACCCAGUACAGCGCAGACGAUAUCGAGCCAAAGUGGAAAGAGCUCUGGGCCACCGACUUUGCUUUGAACUCAGACCUGCAUCUCCCGGCAGAAAACAAGUUCAUUGCCACUGACUUUACGCUGAAGACCUCGGACUGUCCAGACACAGAAUAUCCAGAAAAAAUAGUGGACACCAAGCAGGGCUGCCUAUGGUAUAGGAAAGACGAUAAAUUCAAGAUUCCAAAGGCUUACAUUCGAUUCCACCUGAUCUCCCCCAUCAUCCAGCAGUCGCCUGAAAACCUGGUUCUGUUUGACAUCUUUGUCAAUAUCCUGGCUCACACGUUGGCUGAGCCGGCUUACGAGGCAGACGUGGCUCAGCUGGAAUACAAGCUGGUUGCAGGAGAACACGGACUAGUCAUUAAAGUGAAAGGGUUCAACCAUAAACUACCUCUUCUCUUCGAGCUCAUCAUUGACCACCUGGCCGAGUUCACUGCCUCUCCUGAUGUGUUUGGGAUGAUCACAGAACAGCUGAAGAAAACCUACUUCAACAUUCUCAUCAGACCAGAAAAACUGGGGAAGGACGUGCGUCUUCUGAUCCUAGAACAUAAACGUUGGUCCAUGAUUGAAAAGUACCAGUCUCUGCUCCAGGGAGUGAGCUUGGACAGUCUGCUGUCCUUCGUCAGUCAGUUCAAGUCUCGCCUCUACGUGGAGGGAUUGGUACAGGGAAACUUCACCAGCAAGGAGUCUGCCAACUUCCUCCACUAUGUCACCAGAAAGCUUCAGUUCCAGCCGCUGGAGGUGCCUGUCCCGGUGCAGUUCCAGGUGGUUGAAUUACCGAGCGCUCAUCACCUCUGCAAAGUAAAGGCUCUCAACAAAGAAGAUGCCAAUUCUGAAGUUACUGUUUAUUACCAGUCCGGAGCAAAGAAUUUACGCGACUACACAUUAAUGGAGCUGCUGGUUAUGCACAUGGAAGAGCCGUGCUUCGAUUUCCUGAGGACCAAGCAAACUCUGGGGUAUCAUGUGUACCCAGUCUGUAGAAACACAUCUGGGAUUUUGGGGUUUUCUGUCACUGUCGAAACCCAAGCAACUAAAUUCAACUCGGAUGUAGUAGACCAGAAGAUAGAGGAAUUUCUUACCUGUUUUGGUGAAAAAAUUGCCAGUUUGACAGACGAAGCCUUUAAAACACAGGUCAAAGCUUUAAUAAAACUGAAGGAAUGUGAAGAUACUCACCUGGGAGAAGAAGUGGACAGAAACUGGAAUGAGGUCCUCACCCAGCAGUAUCUCUUCGACCGUUUGGAACAUGAGAUUGACGCCCUGAAGACCUUCAGUAAAACAGACAUGGUUACCUGGUUCCAGGAUCACCGAGGCUGUGACAGGAGGGUUCUCAGCGUCCAUGUGGUUGGAUUUGGGCAGAAAGAGCCGGAUAAUGUGACGCCACCACCUUUGCCAGGAGCUCCAGACUCUAACAGCGGUAUCGGUGGUCUGACUUUCCUGCCCCCAUCACCCCUCAUGGAAAACUGUGUUCAGGUUAAAGACAUCCGAGGCUUCACCUCCACCUUGAAACUUCUCCCAUACCACAAAAUAAUUGAAUGAAUUAGCUGCACACGGGCCGCUAGGGGGACAGGCACUGCAGUUAAUACAUACUUACGGUCCUGUGCCCUGUCUAAGGACUUUUAGUUUGUUUGGGUGGGUGCUUUUUAAACAGACUGUUUUUGCCUUCGUAAAGUCAUUACUUCCAUUAAAAAAACAACCAAAAAAGUGGAAAACUUUCUAAAAGCAAACAGGACUUUUACCAUAUGGUUUGCUGGUGGAGCAGUAAAAGGCUCUUCAUGAGCGGAUUACAAUUUUAAAGGGCUUCACACCUAAAUAUCAAAUAUUAUGGUUGGCACUGUUUUUAUGUCUUGCAUUUUAUUUAAUAGGAUCUUGUUAACCUAUACAGACUUUUUAAAAUAUAGUUACAUAAAUAUUGCUGCAAAUGAAGGCUGAUAUUCUAUUUGGGAUGCCGUGGACUGCCGACGCUGCUUCUUUUUGGGUUACGGUAGAAAAACUACAUCCCAAAUCUAUUUGAUUGUGUGCGUCGGCUGCUAUUUAUUUCUAUAAUAAUGGCUAAGAGUAUAUCUGAACCUAACUCUAAAGACGGAUACAUUGUGACAUUUGGAUUCUCUUAACACGCAUGCUGUGCCACCGGUAAUGAUAAAAUCCUGAUUAUGUGAAGUGUUAAGAGCUCUUUUAUGUAUCGAUACAAUCCCCUACUUUUAUUUGAAACGAUACAUACUGUGUAGUCUGUGUUUUUCCACUGAUUUCAGUUCGCCGGGAGAGCCCAUGUUGAGUAAUUGGGAAGUGUGUAUUGAGGUCUGAUAUCGUAAAGGACUCUGGCAAGUUUCAUUCCCGCAAUUGCCCUGAUGAACUCAUUCAACGAAUUGGUGGUGAGAUUAGAACAUUACUUGUAUUUCAAUUUUAGAGCAGCAUCCCGCAAGCUUUUCUUUCAACUGGAAAAGUAUAUUUUUCUAUGCAAAAUAAUUAAUUUCCCCUGAAAUACAAAGUUGGUGGUACAUGGAACAUAAGUGAUCUGGAACACAAAAGUUUAACAGCUACACAAAGAACCAUGAAUAUAUAUAGUAUGACAUGCAAUAAAGAAUUUUCUUUCA